AUGAUGAAGGGAGCACUGCUUGUGCUGGCCUUGCUGGUGACCAGAGAGCUGACCUUCAAGAUGACUGAGGUGGAAGCCUGCCCUGUGUUUUAUGGCGGGGUUGCUGCAUUGUUACUUGGAAGCAAAACAUUAUUGAAUUCAACGCUCGAUUUGGUUGAUACUACUGAUGAGGAAAAGGCAGCCUUUGGAAAAGCCCAGGAUUGCUUCAAUGAGGCGGGACUUGACGCCAAGCUGAAGAUGGUAGAACUCGUGGGUUCCAUCAUCUUUGACGAGGAUUGUAUCGGCUAUCAAGUGUCCACGGUUGUGAAUAGUCUUUUUGGAAUAACUCUCAGUGCAGUCUCUUUGGUGAAAUAG